UCCUUUAGUUUUUGUGCAGGCUUCAACAUGGCAACUACGCGUUUCAGGCUCGUCUUCCGCGCUCCGUUGUGCUCGGUCGAUGCGUGCAAGCAGGCUAUAUUCCAGGCAGGAGCAGGAAAAUACAAAGAAUAUUCCGAGUGCUGUUUUACGGUCGUUGGGACAGGCCAAUUCCGACCCGGUGACGCCGCCAACCCUCACAUCGGCCGAGUGGGAAACCUUGAGAAUGUGGAAGAGGCAAGGGUCGAAACGGUGUGUAUUGGUGAAGAAAUCAUCAAAGCAGCCGUUGAAGCGCUGAAGAUUGCCCAUCCUUACGAGGAGCCUUCAUACGAGGUUUACAAACUCGAGGACUAUUAA